AUGAUACCUUGCUCUGAUGAUGUUCGUCAUGUGACGGACGAAAGCUUAGCACAUUUUCACCAAAAUCGAAGAAGAAUGCCUCGGAAACAGCGUCAGCAUGAAUCUUCCAGUAACGCCAAUCGACGGCUGGUCAAGAAGAAUCCGCCGUCGUCGUCUGGGGGAACCGACCUUCGAAUCUCUUCGCCCAACACUUCCACUCGAAAUGGAGCCCUUUUCUUUCAGUCCUCGAUAUUGUCUCGCACGGUACCACUGGCCAAGCUGACUUGGAGUCCGGCCAGGACAGGUGUGAGAGAGCCUCGGCUCGGAUCAUCCCCGCUUGGCGGUAGGGAAGCUGGGGGAAAGCGCAUAAUGAUUAUUCUCACUCCCCAUGCUCAGAUCAACUCGGCAAUCUGGCCAAAACGCGUUGCUAUCUGGUCUGCGAUUCAGUUGGCGUUGAUUGCAAAUGCAUGUUGCGCUGUUGCCAAGCCAUACUCGGAGAAACAUCGCAAGUUUGUCGUCCAGUCCACUAACGGACAGCUGAAUCUGGCUUUAUUUCGGCGACUUUAG